CGGAGGAGGCGGCGGCGGCGGAACUCUACCCACACUGGCCGCGCUCGCUGCCCAGCAGAAGUCGCAGCUGCGAUCAGCUCCAGGCCGGGGCCAUGGGCGCCCUGCGCCACCCGGGUCAUGAGGACGGAGGCAGAGGCAGCGGGGCAGCCGCUCGAGCCCGGCGACUUUGUGCAGCUGCCUGUGCCCAUCAUCCAGCAGCUAUACCACUGGGACUGUGGUCUGGCCUGCUCUAGGAUGGUGCUGCGGUACCUGGGCCAGCUAGACGAUGGGGAAUUUGAAAAUGCCCUGCAGGAGCUGCAGCUGACCAGGAGUAUCUGGACCAUUGACCUCGCCUACCUGAUGCGCCACUUUGGUGUGAGACACCGCUUCUGUACCCAGACUCUAGGUGUUGACAAGGGCUAUAAGAAUCAGUCCUUCUAUAGGAAGCACUUUGACACAGAGGAGACCCGGGUGAACCAGCUGUUUGCACAAGCCAAGGCGUGCAAGGUGCGAGUGGAGAAAUGCACAGUGAGCGUGCAGGACAUCCAAGCACACCUGGCCCAGGGCCACGUGGCCAUCGUGUUGGUGAACUCCGGGUUACUGCACUGUGACCUGUGCUCCAGCCCUGUCAAGUACUGCUGCUUCACUCCCAGUGGCCACCGCUGCUUCUGCCGCACCCCUGACUACCAGGGCCACUUCAUCGUUCUGCGUGGCUACAACAGGGCUACUGGCUGUAUCUUCUACAACAACCCAGCCUAUGCUGACCGAAUGUGCAGCACCAGCAUCAGUAACUUCGAGGAGGCCAGAACCAGCUACGGCACGGAUGAGGACAUCCUCUUUGUCUACCUGGACAGCUGACAGCAGGAGCCUGGCAUGUCAGGUCCUUGGACCCUAUGUCCUGCCCAAGCCAGACCCACUCAGGAUGCCCACACCUGGGGCUGCUGGGGCUGAGGUUCAGAACUGUAGUCUCAGCCUGCUUGACAAAGCCCUUGGGAACUCUGUGACUGCUUCACCAGUGUCACCGUGCCACUUACCCCAGACACCUUCUAGUUGCUGGAGACAACCCAUGGGCAUCUAAGGGGAGUAUCUCUCGAAACCCUAGGUCUGACCCCAGCUGUGCCCAGAGGAAGACCUCAAGUCUGACUCCAGCUACGCCCAGGGCAAGGGGAGAGGCAGGAACCCUGAGAGAGAAGCGUGUUUGGGGAAAGCACAUCCAAAUUCCAGCCUGUGGCUCUCGGCCACUCUAAGCCCCAUGGUGGAUGGCAUCUCUGCUCUCUCCUGCCUCCAAUGGACUCAGGUCUCUGGGACUGGUUCCCAGGCCUUGUUACCAUGCAGCAUAAUCAUACCUCAUGGCCACUCUGAGGCCCUCUGACCCCGGGGAUGCUGACACCUUCAUAGCUUCUAGGUACCCUCCUCUAGAAUGGAAAGCCUUCAGGAGUGGGCGGGGCUGAGUGGAUAACAGCAGAGAGAUGUUCCAGGAAGAGGGUACUGACAAGAGACUCCCCAGAGAGCCCUGUAUCCACGAGGCCUCCUGACACCAGCCUGACUUUGCACAGCUGUGUCUGCCCUCUGAGUCGGGGCCUUUUGAGGAUGGGUGCUUCAGGGCCCAUGCCCCAAACAGCAGGCCGUGCCCCACCCACCCUGGGCAUUUGUACAGAGUACUGGGUCUCUUCAGUCCUGAAGAAAAGCAGUGCCAGUGUCUCGUGGCCCAGCAGGCAGCAUCAGCUGGAGCUGGUUUCUUUGUCUUCUUUUUGCUCUUGGUAGCAAGAGUGUUGUUUUACUGAGACUUCAGUUCCCACUGUGUGGGGAGUAAGACAAUAAUAGAUCCAGGUACUUUGACACCACUGACGCUUCUUUCUGUAGGGCGGAGAGGCCAGUCCGAGUUCUGAAGAAGACUGGCAUAGCCGGGCCAGCAGUCUGAAUGGUGAAGCUGCACCAAAGACACAAGCGAAUGGGUCAUUCCCAAAGAGACUAGGGAGCCCCCUCCUCAUGGUACCCCAAUAGCCUCUCAUUGUCCCCUCACUCCAGGGGCUUGAUCUUUCAGUGCUCAAGGCAUGACGUGGCAGUAACUGCUUCCCCUACCACUAGCUGACCCCUCACGAUGGUUUGAGGAAUAGAGGUGGUCUGUGUUUACAAGGGCAGUCAGACCACUCACCCAUAUUAUCCCUCAAUAUGAGAUGAAGCCUUGGGCAGAAAGGAGGUGCUGUUGGCUUGACAACCACUCUGGGUUUCAGAGACUAGCACUGGUUUCAGUCUGGUCUCAUUUCCCUUGCCUUAAUGCUGAGUAUCCCAGGGCCCCAAGGAACUCUGGCUCCCAGCUCAGGAGUACCACAUAGCAGCUCUGGGUAUGGGUGUCCUCGACUGGCUGACAGGAGGAAGUAAAGCCUUCCCGACAACUGGCUGGGAUGAGGCAUGGGCACACAGGCUCACGGGAGGUGGCUUCCCUAGAAGGCGGUCAUCUUUAACCAUCUAGGACAGUUAAAAAUACUCAGCCCCUGGACCCAGAUAAUGGCUUCUUAGGACAAGGCACAAGUUAGAGUCUACCAGUCUGUAAGAACAACAUGACAGCUGCUGUCUUCAAGAUCGCCUACCUGAGGCGGGUCACAGAGACAGUGUCACCAGGCACUGGUCUAUUGCACUGGUCAUGAAAAUGGGCUCGAGAAAGCCUUGGCGUCAGAGACUUGCCCACAGCAUUCGACACACACUUCUCAGCUUCUCAUGCAGACCAGGGUAGGCCCUGAGACCACAUGGGGACUGUAGAUGGGUUUGUUCACUCUUGCCACAGGAGGAUGAAAGGGAUUUUUGCAUAGCAGGAUUUUCUACAUAAAUAUAUUUUGUUUGUAAUGAGCCAUUCUCAAUAAAUCUUCUCACUGAA